AUGUCUACCCCUAAUGACAAUGGGGCUUCGGUUAGGCUUGAGGGAAAGUAUGCUGCAAUGUUAGUGUGUUGGCUCCUAGGAAAUGGGUGCCUCUUUUCUUGGAACAGUAUGCUGACAAUAGAAGAUUACUAUGGGUAUUUGUUCCCGCGAUACCACCCCUCAAGGGUUCUUACACUUGUUUAUCAACCUUUCGCACUUGGGACACUUGCAGUACUGACUUACUAUGAGGCAAAAAUCAAUACCAGAAGACGCAAUCUGUUUGGAUAUACCCUUUUCUUCAUAAGUACUCUCCUGGUUCUAGUUUUGGAUUUAGCUACAUCUGGGAAAGGAGGAAUUGGAACUUAUGUUGGCAUAUGUGCCCUGAGUGCCGCUUUUGGAGUUUCAGAUGCUCAUGUUCAGGGCGGAAUGAUUGGAGACCUCUCAUUCAUGCAACCUGAGUUUAUUCAAUCUUUCCUGGCUGGUUUGGCUGCAUCAGGGGCUUUAACAUCUGGUUUGAGGUUGAUUACAAAAGCAGCAUUUGAGAAUUCCAAGGAUGGCCUUCGAAAGGGAGCCAUUUUGUUCUUUGCUAUCUCCACAGUCUUUGAGCUGCUCUGUGUUCUUCUCUAUGCAUUUAUCUUUCCAAAGCUACCGAUUGUGAAGUACUACCGCUCAAAGGCAGCCUCGGAGGGAUCCAAAACUGUUUCAGCUGACCUUGCUGCUGGUGGCAUUUACACACAACCCAGAGAAGAAGCUCAGGAAGAUCCUAAACAACCAGAGAGGCUGAGCAACAAAGAGUUGUUAUUUCAAAAUAUUGAUUAUGCAUUAGAUAUGUUUCUGAUAUUUUUGCUGACUUUGUCGAUCUUCCCUGGGUUCUUAUCUGAAGACACCGGAUCACAUGGCUUGGGCACAUGGUAUGCCCUGGUCCUGAUUGCAAUGUACAAUGUAUGGGAUCUUAUCGGGAGAUAUGUUCCACUCCUGAAAUGCAUAAAGUUGGAAUCACGAAAAGGACUCAUGAUAGCGAUACUUUCUCGUUUCUUACUCAUUCCAGCCUUCUAUUUCACAGCCAAAUACGGUGACCAGGGCUGGAUGAUAAUGCUGACAUCCCUUUUGGGGUUAAGUAAUGGUUACCUAACUGUCUGUGUUCUUACUUCUGCUCCGAAAGGUUAUAAGGGACCAGAGCAGAAUGCCUUGGGGAAUAUACUAGUGCUAUUUCUUCUAGGAGGUAUAUUUGCAGGCGUAACAAGUGAUUGGCUGUGGCUCAUAGGCAAAGGCAGCGAAUGGUUUGGCAAUGGAUUGGGAGAGAUCGAACCCUAAAGUCAUGCGAAUUCUUGGGCAUUAUUGGACCAAGCAGGAUUUGAACCAGCGUAGACAUGUUGCUAACGAAUUUAUAGUCAGUGCCCUUAACCGAACGGGCAUCGACCUAAGAAGAAUCCAUUUUAGGAUGGUAAUCCAUGGUCACCUUCAUUUCGUAGUAUUCAAGAUGAACUCACUGCGUCUCAAGAACGAGCUUUUGAAAGCCGGUCUCCUUGCCUCAGUGGAAUCCAUGAUACAGCCCACCAACAGAGGCCAAUAUACAAUGGCCUUGAUUAGAUUGUGAGAAAUUUCUAAUAUGAGCUCACAAGUUGAUACAAAAUUAGUGAUAAUUCUAAAUAUUCCCAGGAAAAAAUAGAGAUAUCUCUUAUGUUACCCAUAAUAUGUGGAAGUAUUAACGUAAUUUUAUAGUCAUUCGAUUUGAAUGUUUGGUAUGUGUAGA